GGGUGGAUUGUGCCGAAACCAAAAGUUUUUUAUGGACACCGCUGUUCUUUGGUCGUUCCUUGCGUCCAGAGUUUUUGCCAGCACUCCAUUCACUUGAGAGAUUGACACGAUUGCUUGCACGCGUUUUGUGUUUGUUUGCUGCGUCCUCCGCGAUGGUGCAGGUCACAUUGUUGUUAUUUGCUAGACUGGAGCGCUCACGCAUACAUGCAUUCCACGCACAGAUUGUACGGGUACGUUUUUGCGGGUUGUCUUUGGUCUUUUCCUCAGUUUCCACGACGUCGAUUUCCAAGCCCUUCUUCUUGCUCUAUACCAGCUCCUGGGGCUUGUCCUGGGAGCCAUUCGCGAACUUUUCGGUGCAUCUAAUACCCCUUUUGCGUGUUCCUCAUCCUGUCUCGAGCCGAAUUGUCUUGUUUUCUGGACACACAAAAGCAAGGGUGGUUGUUCGUUGUUCGUUUGUUCGCUGCACGAUUUACAUACAUGAUGAUGUUUAUGCGAUAUACGGGAUAUAUGAUGACGAUGUAGCGAUGUUUUUCUUCCUUUACGGUACGCUCUAGAGCUUCAAGCUUCAAGUGCGCACGACGAAUCGAAUUCAAAUGCUUCUUCUUUUUCUUCUCAUGCUCUGAACUUGCCCCUCAC